GAAAACCAUUCGGUAUUCCUUUAAUCAACUCUCAAUUGUUCUCGUUUGACCGGUUCAUGAGAGUUGAGAAAACUGUCACUCUCACUUUCCAACUCUUAGUAACUCUCAGUCUCGUUUGACCAAGGCUUUUAACGAUAGAAAUAACUGUUUAAUCUGUAUGACUCAUUGCUUUCCCACCUGGCUUGACUACAAUAUAAACCAUUUGCGAUUUUCUUUGUGUAGAUCUUCUCGUCAUCAUGUCGUUACGAACAGUUCAUCUAAACAGUCUCAAUGCGAAUAUUACUUGUUCAUUAUGUGGUGGAUACUUUGUCGAGGCUACAACUAUUAUGGAAUGUCUUCAUUCUUGUAAGUGAUGAUCGAUGAUGUUUUUCAUUGUAACUGUCCAGAGUUUCGAAAUUACAAAGAUACGAGCUUGUUUGAAGUCUUAGACCAAACUCAUGUUAUUUUAUACCCGCUCAGAUCGCAGCAUUGUCAGCCUUUUCUUCCAGCAGUUCUAAAGAUGGGGGCGGGGCGGGGGGUCAGCAAGAAAACAAACGCAUUGAAAAAGCACGAAACGCGUUUCCACAUUAUAUUACAAUCACACGGCACUGCUUCAUUGGACGUCUUCUCUAUACUCUACAGAGCCCUUUUAUGAUUAAAAGCUAUGAAAUAUUGCGGAUGAGAAAUUCAUGGUACCAAGUUUUGAUUAUGCCAUUAAACUGUUACUUUUCUCAUUUUCUGUACACUAUAGUUUGCAAGAGCUGUAUCGUAAAAUAUCUGGAAACAUCGUAUAAUUGCCCUGUUUGUCAAACUGAAAUUCAUAAAACGAGACCACUUCUACACGUCAGGUAAAUGUACAGCAUAAGAGUAAACCAGAUGCUCUUCUUUGCUACGAGUCUUCGCUGCUGCACAUCUUGGUAUUACCAUUUGCAUUCAACCUUGACGAUUUUAACGGCGCGUUGUUUACGUUUCAAAUGUGAAUGUUUGCUGACUGCUGGCAAAAUGUGCACGGUUGACCGCGGUAAAGCUACAACGUUUAAAAACUUAGAUUUUUCGAUUAGUUUUUAUCCUUAUAAACAACAAAACAAUAGACACUCCAAAAAUAGUUAACAUUUUAAUCAUUUCAGUCAUCAUCACUGAGACAGGAAUUCCUGAUGACUGAAAUCUAGUCGAAAUGUUGAUUAAAAUGUUAACUAUUUUCGGAGUGUCUAUUGUUUUGUUCUUUUUAAAAUUACUCAAUGGCAACUGUGAUUUUAUCCUUAUGUACGUCAUAUAUCUUUUAUUCUAUCUUGAUCAAAAAUCGUCAAGGUUGAACGCAAAUGGUGAUACAUUCAACUUCUCAGCCUCAGGGCAACGCAGGCAGCGGAGAAGUUGGAUGUAUUACUUGGUACCAUGAAUUUCUUGGAACGAGAAUGAUCUUGGUAUUAUCCCUUAUAAUUUUAAUCUGGGAGGCUGGUGCUAUCGGUUGGGGGUCACAGAGAUGGUAAAACUACUAAAAGGAACGACUUCUGUUAUCCAUCGUUGAACAAGUGAAAGGUGGGUUGGAGAACCUCCACUUCGAAGACAAAUUUGACUAUUUCUGCAAUUUUGUGUUCACCAACUCAUUUGCUUAUACACCAAUUCGUACUACAUGUUCUAUCCAACAAAUCGUGCACUUCGACGUGAUUGGUCAAUGACUCUGGUAAGGUUCACCAUGUGGUUAUAAGGCUGGGUUGUAUACCAGUUACAAUCAAAUGAAGUUAUGCAUUCUGUAUAUUUGCAGACCUGAUCCUGUUCUUCAAGAUCUAGUGUAUAAACUGGUCCCAUCUUUAUACGAUGGUAAGGAAAUUUUUUGUUCGUAGUUGAAACCAAGGAGGUUUAUUAGCGAGCACAAUUUAUACGAUCCUAAUUUACUAAUCCAUGCAUGCACCAAUUUCUGCAAUGAUUAUAGCUCUAACCAAUACCUUGCUAACGUGAGAUAGGUUUUACUUUAUCAUGAACGUAACUAGAAUGUUGUAAAAUUUAUUUUAAAUUGAUACAGAAUACCAUAAAGCAAAGCAAGAAUUCAAAAAGCGUAUGUCACAAGAGGAAACAGGUAUACGUUGAUAUUUGAAAAUCUUUUCUGCGGCAUAUACAGUAGAUCCUCGGUAUGGAUAGUUCUUAUUAACAUAUACUGCAUGGGGGAGGGGGGGGAUGAAGGUUCAUGAAUAGUGCUUUUCAACCAAUUUUUAUCCACCGGAUAUCACCUCUGGACAAAAAAAAACUGGUUUCCCGUUUCGUUCCGGUUAAAAUUGUACAAAUACUGUUUUGUCUACAAUGACAGACUACAAGUAUCGCGGGAGCUGAAAUACAAAUUGUUUUAAAAAAUAUUUUCGUUGUUUUUUGGCCAUUUUUGUUUUGUUGUUGUAUGUGCGGAAACAAUUAUUCACCUCAAAGCUUUGGUGAAUAUCCUUGCAUGCACUAUUCACCUAGACCACUUCGUAUCUGUUCAGUCUCAUCUCAAUUCAAGUUUUCUUGAUAUUAAAAGAGUGCUCAAUACUUUAUAGCAGAGCUAAAGUUAUUUAUUUAUGAGAUAAAGUACAAAACAAACGUUGUUACUCAGAGUUUCAUGCCUGAGUUUACAGAUAAUCUUCGGAAAACUAAAGUUCUACAUAUACAGCCAAUUCAAAAAAGGUUGUCCUUUGCAAACCUUAAACUCUAAACCUUAAACUCUACGCGCGCAAAGCACAAUGGGAGCACAAAUUUCAAGCUUAGUAGUGGAAUAUUGCAGCUAUUUGUGAAUGGAUUGUUCUUGUAAGAAGAUAUUUACCAUAUCUCUAAGAAAUGGGCCCCAUAUAUGAUUUCUAAAAUGAUUAAAUGUUGCUCCCAUUAAGCUUUGCAACCCUGUGCAACCCUGCAAGUUAAUUUUAUAUGUUGUAAAAAAUAAUAUAAAUCUCAAGUUUAAAGCUUGUUUACAGCACAAGAUGAAACAUCUGAACAACAUGGUGAUAGUAAAGUUCCUCAUGUUCCAGAUCCGAUUUAUGUCACCUUGGAACAACGACAGUAAGUUGAGUUACUAAUGCAUAAGCAGAUUAUCCAAUCAGAUUCGCCCAUUCACAUUAUGCGCGGGAAUUUAAAACGAAAACAUAACCAUAGUGAAGUAAGGAUCUAAAUCUAUUCUAGUAUCAUUUAAUAUUUAUUUGUCUGGCUUUUUAGGAGAGAUAAAAACAAGAAUGAACAAAUAAAGGUUAGAACAAACGAAAUUAUACAAAAGCUUUAAAAUUUCCUUCAUUGUUGGAUCGUUUAGGAAUGUUCAAUAUGCUAUUUGCAUUUAUUAUAUAGUAGAGAGUGAGAUACUGAAAAAUACACAGUGAGAUAUUUUCCAUAUCUUCACUAGUGAAGAUAUCAAUCACGUGACUUUUUCCAAUUUGGUUUUGAGCGUGAAAUUUCACAAUUUUUUGCUUGGGACUAUAUAAUAAACAGAACAUUACACGGUGGCUUGAAGAUAUGACUUUUAUCUUCUCGUGUUAAAAACAAUAUUUUACUCACUCGCUGCGCUCGUUCGUAAAAUAUUGUUUUCACCACUCGAUGAUAAAAGUCAUAUCUUCGCGCCGCCGUGUAAUAUCCUCUAUUUAUUUUCAGAUAUUUCCAAUUCGAUAUCUACGUUGUCCUUCCUCUAUGCCAGUGAGGAUAUUGAAAAAGUUUUUAACGAUGAAAUUUUUCGUCAAAGAUUCCCAAGAGGUAAGAGUUUUUGCACGAAGUGAACAAAAUAUAUUCGGGAACUUAUAGCCUGUCAUCGCCACCAUGUUGGAUGAAUUAGACGAUCCUUUUAACUUGAACCCCUGCCAAUUUGCAACCUCGUUCCCAGGCUCUUUGCUCCUGGGAAGCAAGAGCAAAGAGCCUGGGAACGAGGUUGGCCAAUUUGUUGGACACCACCUACAGUUUUGGGAUUUGGAAGCUUACAGCACUAAAAAGCAAAAACAUAUAAAAAAUAACUUCAACGUUGGAACUUACGAUAUUGCUCAUAUUACUUCGUCUUUAUUCGAAUUUGAUGCACCUCUUACUCUAUUUAAAUUGAUACUCUAUUUUAUUGAAUUCUCAAAUUGAAUAGGCAAUUCCAUCUUUUAGUUUAUGCGUGCAGGGGAUGAUGGGAAGUAAGGUAUCAUAUUACUAAUUAUGCUGAAAAAUUUCAAUAAAAACUGCCGAAACAACAGAAAUAUUUCAAUAUUUAUAAGUAUAAGCUAUCACUCCGUGUUCACACGGCCACCAUUUUUAUUUUUUUCAGCAUAAUCAGCAAUAUGAUACCUUACUUCCCAUCAUCCCCUGCACGCAUAAACUAAAAGCUGGAAUUGCCUAUUACUGUUUGUGUAGAAAGAUAUUGAAAGGAGCCCGACAGGCAUGCAUAUUCAAAAUCUUGAUCCGGAAAAUUGAGACUCGGAAAUGCCAUUUCCUGCUCUACCCCACAGUUGAGUAUUAUACAUACAGGGUAAUUGUGUCUUAGGUUGAAAUUUCGCGGAGUGAUGAAGUACUUUUUGACUAUCUAACAUUAAAAGAGGUGGCUAGGAUAUAUGGCAGAUAUGGAAAGGUGCGUGACAUUACUUGCUACUUACUUAUACUUACAAAAAGAGACAACCUAUAAUACCGUUAUUAAAUUGCAUACUUCACAUUUCUGCAACAAGUAAUAUGUAAUUAUUAAAUCGUGACUAAAUUCCCUUUAGCUCGCUCCUUUGGAUCUAUAUUUUGAUGUUAUUCCGAAGGAUAAAGUGCAAGAUUUGCCACAGAAAACUUUAACUUACGAUUGGAUGGGGAUUCCUGCUCAGGUUAUCCCUACCUCUUUCAACGAAAAACAACAUAACUUGGAUGUAAUACCUCAAACUGACAUUGAGAACGAGACUGUGCCUGAGAAUACAAUGGAUGUUGAUCCAUUUAAUAUCUGCACUACUGUGAUUGAUACGAGCUUAUGAGCAUGGGAUCUUUUUGGAAAACGAAGAUCAGACAAUUAACCCGGAUUAUCGUCGCAAAAACGGUUGUAGCACCCACGCCUCGAAACAUUCCCAUUCAACCCAACAAACGCCAGGUUGAAACCAGUUGCUUCGACUAGCACAAGCUAUCCAAGUCAGCUUGUCUAUUAAUGGAAAAUUGCCUUGGUUUCGGAAUCAUUCGGUAGUACGAUGACCAACAGUUGAGUGUUGAAAAUUUAAGGGCCAGAAAAUUAAACUUGACCACUCUAUUUUAUUCGAAUUCAUUUCCACUAUUGCUAGCACAAAGUUUUGUGUCAUCAGUCUAAAAACUGGUUUGAUAGCACGUUAAAUGAGUAACAAUUACAAUUUUACCACAUGGAACUAGGUAAAAACGUAAGGCUUACAUAAGCCAGCGAUUUAGGGUAUAUAUACUAUUCAUAUUAAGUUGUAGAAUUUGUUUACAUAAUAGAUAUGUAUCUUGCCAUUUUAUUUUUAAAACAUAAUCAUGACAAAGAAUUAAUUGUGUGGAAAUUACAUAACAUCUGUAUAUCUUUUGGUUAAAUCAUUUACAAGGAGUUGGCCACACAGGUGAAUUCUACAGUAGCGAUGCCUACUAACACCAAGGAGAACGUUUCAUUUCUCACUAUCAAACACCGGAUCUCUAGAGUCGACAAAUUGAUUAAUUAUAAGAGAAUUCGACUCGAUUUUAAGAUAGCUCCCAACAAUUUUUAAAAAUAUGAAAAAUCAUAAAUCAGAUCAAAGAUUUUGAAGAAACUGUAUACUUGCCACCAUAUAAGGCAAAAUCUAAGUCUAAGAAUUGGAACUUGGUCACAAAAUUGACGUCACCACUGUUGUUAUGGCAACAAUGGCGAUUCAACAUUGCCAAUAUUUUUGCUUUUAACGCAUUCAAACGCCUGGUUACGUACCCCCAAUUUUUAUUUCAUAAAACAUCCUCCUGUGGUACAGUAAACUCUGGCCAAGUUUAAAAAGUUCUAUUUCGAAAAACUAUGUUUAUUAUUUAUUAAAAAAUCUACAGUACAUAACUCGGUCAGAUAAUCAAUUGUAUUCCACAGAAAAACUUUUAUGAAAUAAAGAGCGGGGAUAACCAGGCGUUCUUUCAAGCAAAAUACGUUAAAAAAAAACAAAAAUCGUUUUGGUUAUCUCUCAAAAUUGCUUUGUUAUAGCUUUAUUUUCCAGUUUAUACUGUUAGCUACGUCAUUAAAUGCAUUUGACGCUCUAAAUUUGAUUCAUGCAUAUUUGCACAUUUCUUCUGUUAAAUGAAUGUCGACCACGUCCCACCAAGGACUCAAUUCUAUCCAUACAAUACCAUACCUCAUAAUUUAUCUUAAAUAGAUCAUCGAGUUCAAUUUACAUUUGAGAAGCUUUUUCCAAGCUUUUACACGCAUCUUUCAACUUUCCCACAAGAUCCU